AUGCCUCUUUGUGGUCUUCUUACAGAUUUUGAUUCAAAGAAGAAAAGAAAAGUGGCAGAAAUUAAUCAGGCUCUGAACAGCGACCCCAUCGACGUGGCUACGCUCCGGCGGAUGGCGAUCAGCGAGGGGGGGCUCCUCACGGAUGAGAUUCGUUGCAAAGUGUGGCCGAAGCUGCUGAGUGUUAAUACAGACGACCUGCCCCCUCUCCCAGGAAAGGAGCUGCGAGAGGACAAUAAAGAUUACCAGCAAGUGCUACUGGACGUGCGGCGAUCCCUGCGCCGCUUCCCCCCAGGGAUGCCAGAUGACCAGAGGGAAGGGUUGCAGGAGGAGCUCAUCGAUAUUAUCCUCCACGUCCUCAAGCGCAACCCCCAGCUCCACUACUACCAGGGCUACCAUGACAUCGUGGUCACCUUCCUCCUCGUGGUGGGGGACAGACUGGCCACGGCUCUGGUGGAGAAGCUCUCGACGCAUCAUCUCAGGGAUUUUAUGGACCCAACGAUGGAUAAUACCAAGCACAUUUUAAAUUACCUGAUGCCCAUCAUAAACCAGAUGAACCCUGACGUGCAUGACUUCAUGCAGAGCGCGGAGGUGGGGACCAUCUUUGCUCUCAGCUGGCUGAUCACCUGGUUCGGGCACGUUUUGUCCGACUUCAGACACGUCGUGCGAUUAUAUGACUUCUUCCUGGCUUGCCAUCCGCUGAUGCCCAUUUAUUUUGCUGCUGUGAUCGUGCUGUACCGGGGGCAGGAAGUUCUGGAUUGCGAGUGCGACAUGGCCUCUGUCCACCACCUCUUAUCCCAGAUCCCACAGGACCUUCCUUACGAGACUCUGAUCAGCAAAGCUGGGGACCUUUUUGUCCAGUUUCCACCAUCCGAACUCGCCAAGGAGGCGGCUCAGCAGCAGGCCGAACGAACUGCGGCUUCCACUUUUAAGGACUUUGAGUUGGCGUCAGUGCAGCAAAGACCAGACACUGUGUUGAGGCAGCGCUUCAGGGAGCGGCUCCGAGGGGAGGAGCGGACAAAAUCCAUCUUGACAAAGCCCAGGACCAACCGCUUUGUCAAGCUGGCGGUGAUGGGGCUGACGGUCGCGCUGGGAGCAGCUGCCUUGGCCGUGGUGAAGAGCGCGCUGGAGUGGGCACCCAAGUUUGAACUGCAGAUCUUCCCCUGAAGCCGGAGGAGGGACCUUCCCGGCCACCGUGCCGUUCCCUGGCAGGAAGGGGUGACAUUUGAUGAAAGGACGUGUCCGGAAACAACCUGUCUGAAGAUUAUUUUUUAUUCUUGCUGCGUCCUGUGACGCUUUUGGCCUUUGCGACAGAGACUGAUGGGGACCAGCCCAGCAGGAUUGUUCCCCACACCGACGCUCCCCUUGUUCUCUCCUCCCCGGGCAGGGGUGAGCAGACGGGCACUGCCAUCAUCCCGUGAGGAACCAGAGGUUUGGACCGGGCAGGCUCUCUAGGCUGCACACAGGUGACUGUAAGAGCAGAAAACCCUGUGUGGGCUCUACCAAAACGAGCCCACGUUCUCUGGGGGGGGGUAAUUAGUGUGUGCAAGGGCAGAUCCUCACCUGGAGGAAGGUGUCAUGGCAGGGUUUGGCCUGGGGGCGUGCGAGUGUGGGGGCGAGGGGCCGUUACACU